AUGUCUAAUCAAAACGGUAUCGCAACUUUAUUAAAAGCUGAAAAGGAAGCUCACGAAAUUGUUUCUCAAGCUAGAAAAUAUAGACAAGAUAAAUUAAAGCAAGCCAAGACUGAUGCUGCUACUGAAAUAGCUACUUACAAAGCUAAGAAGGACCAAGAAUUGAAAGAUUUUGAGAGUAAGAAUGCUGGUGGUGUCGGUGAAUUAGAAAAAAAUGCAGAAAGUGAAGUACAGGUUGAAUUAAAAGAGAUCGAAAAAACUGCCAAGGAUAAACAAGAUGAUAUUAUCAAGCUACUUGUCGAUGCUGUUACUACACCAGCUCCAGAAUUGCAUAUUAAUGUGGCCUAA